AUGGGUAGACGCAUUGCCAUGCUCGCCUGCGUGUCGGGUCUCGCCAGCUCCAAACCCUACUACAAGGGCCACGAGGCCAAGGACCGCAUAAUCCACACGAACCUCAAACGCGAUUUAUCAGAAGGAGCUGAGUAUGUCGAAGCUUACUGUGGUAGUGGCCAGGACGUUAUGACCUGUUGGGAUAGCUAUGUCUUAAUCCCGCUAGGCGACCAAUUUAGUAAAUGCUGGGACAUUCCUGAAGACAAGGCCCAGUGUGCCUGGACUAUAGGUAUAUCCGCUAUAGGCGACUUCCCGGGUCAGUGUGGGACCUCACGCGUCGCGUGGAACAUUUAGUGUACGAGCAAGUGAAGGAGGAGUUGCCGACCAACGCCUUGUUCCGAGGAUACCCUCAUAUGAAUGGAGCUCCCCCUCAGAAUUGCAGAUCCGACGUGUACCCGGAAGGUGCGCCCGACGGGAGAUACUUCGCGACUUACGUGCACCUUUGCCACCCCAAAAGCGAAGAUGCUGUCGCUCCAGCGCCGUUUGUGGCCAAAAAUCCCUAUCUCGGAAUAUGUUGCCAGUGGAAACAAUCCUAUAAGUGGCAGCGAAGUGAUCUCGAGAAAGAAUGCAAGAGCCGCCAGGCCCUCCUCGAGUCCGGCGACGCCAAGUACGUCAACCGCAGUUACGAUUAUACUGCGAGCGACACUAAACACUACCUGGCCUCCUUAUUAUCUCCGGACAAGCCCGACUACUGUGAGAAGCACGCCCACAAGCGCCCCGCAACCGGGCCGAGGGCCGGACGACCCGACCGUGUGAAGGAGAAGCGUGUGAAAGCUGGUGGAAUUGCUUCUGGCCCGACGGGGCCCCACUAUUGGAAUCCCAAGGGCGAAGAUCCCUGGUGUAGGCCCAAGGGCUCAGGUUGCCCCGCGAAUACGAAGACGGAGGUCAAGCCCGGCAAGGACUCGAAGGGCGACGGCGCGAAGGGCUCGAAGGGCAAGGGCUCGAAGGGCAAGGGCUCGAACGCCGACAUUCGCUCCUUCUUCCCCGGACCGAAGCCGCCGCCGCCGCCGCCGCCGCCGAUGGGCGGCUUCGACUCGUUCCCCGGUGCUGGCGGCUCGGGCGGCAUCACGGCCUAG